UCGCCCCUGUUCCUUUGAUUUUCAACAUUGGAGCCUUACCACCCACUAUUGAUGCUACAAUGACACAGAGCUCCAUCCAGCAUUUGACUGAGAACAAGUUUGUGCAGGGCAACCCAAGUAUUGAAUGCCACAUUUUCAGGUAUCGAGAAAGCAGGGCAACCCAACUAUUUCAGACAGUUUUAGGUAAAGAAAUUGUUCGACAAGAAUCACCUGAAGAGCCUGGUAAACGUAGUAGAUUAUGGUUUCACGAAGAUGUUCGUCACGUACUUGAAGAAAAUACGGGAACAAACAAAAUUGAAGGUGUAUUGGUAGAUAUGCAUGAACAAGAACUGAUACAUUUGAGUCCGAAGGUGUUCAAGAAGAUGAAAAGUCUUAGGCUGUUUAUAAACCGUAAUGUUCACUUUUCUAGAGGGCCAAGUUACCUUUCUAAUGAGUUAAGAUUACUUGAUUGGUCUGAAUAUCCUUCAGAAUCUCUACCAUAAAAUUUUCGUGGAGAAAAAUUGGUUGUUUGGCUGGACUACUUUGUUGGAGAAUCUUUGAAGAUCGAGGGAGACAACCUCCGAGUUAAACUUUUUUGCACUUCAAAAUCGGUAUUCUUCAAAGCUUUCGGAAUCCAUAUAUAAUCCAAAAGCAUGAAGAUAAUCCAGGUGUGCUGCAUGAAGAUGGUUUUUUAGGUGGAAUCUUCAAUUAUUGUUUUCUGUUCCCCUGUUUUCUCAGCAACCAAACUGUGGCGCAUGCGCUUGAGGAGAUCGAAUCAGAGCAAUGAAUGUAUUGGAGGAAUAAAGGUUGGGCUGUACAUUUGCCUUUUUUUCCAAAUGAUGAAUAAAGAUGGGUAAAUAUUGUUUUAUAAAUUCAUCACCAAUGAUAAAUGAUGUUGAUGUUGGAAACUCGUAGUAGACAUAUUCCAAGGUUUCAUUUUGUCUUUGGAUAUUCAAAGGUUGCAACUUCCACUUUGAACA